AUGCGGAAGUAUUAUAUAAAUCCGCAUUUUAUCUACCACGCAUAUCGGGUUACACACCAUAGGUACAACAUCAUGAUUCUGCUAGUUCUCUUGGCAGUGUGUCCUUUCGCUUAUUGCGAUGCACCAAUCAAAGGCGUUAUUUCCGGUUCACCCACAAGCAAAGACGCGUGGAAGUUGUUCCUUAAACCCCAGAAGUUUUACCUCCUGUAUCGUUCCGAAAAAAACGACACUAAAUUAGGAGGAGAAUCGAAGUGUUUUCAAAUGAAGUAUUACGAAGCUGACCCAGUAAAGAAAGAGUUCUUAACCCACCUAGUUUUUAGAAAUGACACGACAGGCCACAUGGUCAGUUAUUCCGUCACAAUCGUGCUGGAGAAAUCUAACAAAACUUUCAAUUACUAUGACAGAUUGGUAGUACAAAACAGUAUCGCUACAAGAUACGCAAUUUAUGAGCUGAUUUUUACUGAUUAUCAAACCUGUUUCACCUUAAGGAGAAUGAGUGACGACCUGCAUCAGGUGUGGAUGAUUGACAGGCUGAACCCUACAGUGAUAAACCCACAAUGCGAGUCUGCCUACCAAGGUCCUGUCAAUGAAUAUGGUUGCGCUGUUCCGAGACCAAAAUAUGAAGUCUUCGAUCCUAAGAUAUGCCACUAAAAAGACUACCUUUUGGUGUGCUUUCAUAUUCAAGACCUUCAGAAGCUGGCAAUAAACUUUGAAUUGCGGAAGGAACGAACUCUUGG